UGGUCGAGAAAUAGGAAAACAGAGACAUACUUCUGACAGACUGCAAACUUGUGACAGUGUGAAAAGUGCUCUCUUUAUGCUAGGGUGAAGGAGAGAAGACACGUUUUCAAGGAUGCUCAGGCGGGUGUGAGGCUUCUUUGGCGCAGCGAUUGCGCACAGAAGUCAAAAAAGAAGAACACAAGAAGCAGACUGAAGCCCUUGGAUUAGCUUGAGCAAUCCAAGGAAAACAACAACAGCAUUUUCCUCCCACCAGGACUGGUUUAGAGGAAAACAAAAUCAAGAUGGCUGACGAAGAGGACACCAGGGAAGUGCUCUUUCAAGACUGGGAGGGCCCAGACAAAACUGGCUUGACCAUUGAACACACAAGUGGAGGAGAGCUCCUCGUCAAAGAGGUGAAAGGAGAGUCACCUGCAGCACGAUCUGGAAAAGUAUAUGAAGGCGAUCAGAUUGUGGGUGCAACUAUCUACUUUGAAAAUAUGAGCUCCGAAGAGACAGCAGAGUUACUGAAAACAUUGAACAAACACAAAGUUGGACUGAAACUACAAAACAAAGGAGACAAAUCCCCAUGCUACUCACCCUUGAGCACACCAUGUCGUUCUCCAAUGGGCACCCUCACAUGGGAAGGGAAGUCACAGUUUGGAGCAUCAAGUCCAGAAAUCAUUCUCAGUGGAGAUGAUGAGGACUACAAGAGAAUAUACACAAAGAAGAUUAAACCAAGGCUGAAGUCUGAAGAUCUUGCAGAAGGAGUGGAUGUUCGUACAGAGCGACACAGCAGCACUAGCAGUGAUGGCAGUACUAUUACAACCAUCACUCGCCGCAUCACUACUUACACAGUGGAUAUGCCAAGUGGGAUAGGUGAGAAACUAGAACUUUCAAGCCCAGACUUCAAGGGACAACGGCAUGAAUCUGGAGAUGGCUCUCCUCGUGUCAGAAUACUGCAUGGCAGUCCUACAGUUAAAGGGGUGGGAGAAGAGGGUGUUUUUGAGUCAUGCAAUGUAACCUAUACUGGUCUAAAAGGUAGCUCAACAGAAACACAUACAAGUGGAGAUCAGUCAAAGACAAUUAUAAGAGAGGGAACAGAAAGAAGUAAGGACCUCAGAUUCAAAGGACCUAAGUUUGGAGUUAUAGGUCACGAGGGCACUAAAAUCUUAAGAGAAAGUGAAGAACAGACAGCUGGAAGCACAGAUGAGUCUGAAAAACAGACUACAUCAGGUGAAAGUAAAAGCACUUUUAUAAAGGUUGUUACAGUAGGAGGGUCAGCAGAUGCAGAAUUAACCACAAAUGAUGAAAACAAAAGAUCAGCUAGUCUGUCUGUGUCACAAGAAGACAUUAAGUUCCAGAGACCAUCUGGAGACACAUCCCUCCACCUGAACAAGGGAUCAAGUUAUUUUGAUGUUAAAACGAUUGGAAAUUCUGCUGAUUCUGGAACGGUAUCACUUGUUACAGAAACUAAUGCCAACACUGGUUAUUCUUCACAUCCAGACAGAAAUUUAUUGACAAGUAGCCAAACUAGUCUUCCAAGUGCAAAGCCAAAAAGUGGAGAAAAAGAUGAGGGAGUUCCAGCAGCAACGAAAGUAGGGUUUAGAUGUCCUGAUAUAAACACUGAAAGAAAAGAAGGUGAUUUAAAAUUACCACUUAUAAACACAUCAUCAUUAAAGACCACUAGUCAAGGCAGCUCAGAAGAGGCCAUUAAAUAUCAAAAAAUGGAUUCAGACAUUGACAGAUCUCAGGUAACUGACAGUGAUGGCUUUCAUUACAAAACACGAAUCAUAACAGAGAUAGACACGAGAAGUAAAGGUAAAGCCGACAUGUCAGAUUCAAAGGUAGGAGUUGAUGUAAGAAUGCCUGAGAUGAAUCUGAACUUGAAAGGUUCAACAAUCAAAGGUAAUGUGGAUGUAGAAAGUGUAAGGAUAGCAGAAGCCGACAAAAAAGAUUUUGAGUCAAAGCGCGGAUUUCCAUUAUCCCAAAUUGAAACGCUAUCAGUUAAGAACAAAGACCAAAAAGUUGAUGUGGGAGGGAAAAGUUAUAAAACUGAAAAUGAUAUGGACAUUACAGAGCAAAACAUAAACAAAGAUGUAAAAAAAUAUGCGGAAGUGGAGGCAUCAGUCCAAACAAUACCCAGCAAAUCAGGAACAAAAAUUUCCAUGCCAGACGUAGAUAUCAACUUGAAAGGCUCAAAACAAAAAGGUCACAUGGAUAUUUCGCUCCCAAAGAUAAAAACAGAUAUCAAAUCACAUAAAAUUGACAUCAAGGGCCCAGAAGUUGAAGUUGAAGGACGAAAGGGAGAAAUUAAAAUGCCUGAAAUAAAAAUGCCCACAGUAAAUUUGAAAGAUCCAAAGGUUGUUAACAUUGACUUCCCUAAGGCACAUACAAAUGUGAAAGCACCUGAUGUUGAUAUUAAAGGACCAGAUGCAAAUCUGAAAGGGUCCAAAUUCAACAUGCCAAGAAUAACUGGACCAGAAAAAUCCAUGCCAGAUGUGGAUUUCAACUUGAAAGGCCCAAAAGUCAAAGGUGACAUGGAUGUUUCCAGUCCAAAAAUGAAAGGGGAUAUCAAAUCACCUGAAAUUGACAUCAAAGGUCCAGAAGUUGAUAUUGAAGGGACAAAGGGAGGACUUGAAAUGCCAAAAAUAAAAAUGUCUUCACUGAAUUUGAAAGAUCCAGAGGUUGAUGUGUCAGAUGCUAAUCUAAAUCUGAAAGGACCUAAAGUAACAGGAGAUGUGGAUGUUAAGUUGCCAAAGAUUAAAGGAGACCUUAAAGGUCCAGAUGUGGACAUUGAAGGCCCAGAUGUUGACAUAGAGGGUUACAAAGGUGGACUGAAAAUGCCUAAAUUCAAGAUGCCCUCAUUCGGGAAUAAAGGACCCAAAGACAAAGAUCCAGAUGUUGACAUCAACCUCCCAAAAGCAGAUAUUGAUGUGAAAGCACCGGAUGUUGAAAUUGAGGGAGCAGAUCUUGACAUUAAGGGACCAGAUGCAAAUCUCAAAGGGUCCAAAUUCAACAUGCCCACCAUAUCUGGACCAAAAAUAUCCAUGCCAGAUGUGGAUUUCAACUUGAAAGGCUCAAAACUCAAGGGUGACAUGGAUGUUUCAGGUCCAAAGAUCAAAGGAGAUAUCAAAUCACCUAGAAUUGACAUCAAAGGUUCAGAAGUUGAUGUUGAAGGACCAAAGGGAGGAUUUGAAAUGCCCAAAAUAAAAAUGCCUUCACUGAAUUUGAAAGGUUCAAACGUUGAUGUUCCAGAUGUUAAUCUUAAUCUGAAAGGCCCUAAAGUUCAAGGGGAUGUGGAUGUUAAUCUGACAAACAUUGAAGGAGAUAUAAAAGGUCCAGAGGUGGAGAUUGAAGGCGCAGACAUUGACACGGAAGGUCAAAAAGGUGGGCUAAGAAUGCCUAAAUUUAAGAUACCUUCAUUUGGAUUGAGAGGCCCCAAAGUGGAAGGUCCAGAUGUUGACAUCAACCCCCCCAAGGCAGACAUUAAUGUGAAAGCACAUGAGGUUGACAUUGAAGUAGCAGACGUUGACAUGAAGGGACCAAAUGCCAAACUGAAAGGCCCCAAAUUCAACAUGCCAAGCUUAUCUGGACCAAAAAUAUCCAUGCCAGAUAUGGAUUUCAAUUUGAAAGGCCCAAAACUCAAAGGUGACAUGGAUGUUUCAGGUCCAAAAGUAACAGGUGAUAUCAAAUCACCCAAAAUUGACAUCAAAGGUCCAGAAGCAGAUAUUGAAGGACCAAAAGGAGGAUUUGAAAUGCCUAAAAUGAAAAUGCCUUCACUAAAUUUGAAAGGUCCAAAAGUUGAUAUGACUGAUGUUGACAUUAAUCUGAAAGGUCCUAAGGCUGAAGGGGACGUGGAUGUUAAAAUGCCAAAGAUUAAAGGAGAUCUGAAAGGUCCAGAGGUGGACAUUGAAGGCCCUGAUUUUGACAUGGAGCAUCACAAAGGUGGGUUAAAAAUGCCUAAAUUCAAGAUGCCCUCCAUUGGUAUGAAAGGCCCCAAAGUGGAAGGUCCAGGUGUUGACAUCAACAUCCCCAAGGCAGAUAUUGAUGUGAAAGCACCAGAUGUUGAUAUCGACGGAGCAGACCUUGACAUUAAGGGACAAAAUGCCAAACUGAAAGGUCCCAAAUUCAACAUGCCAAGCAUAUCUGGACCAAAAAUAUCCAUGCCAGAUGUGGAUUUCAACUUGAAAGGCCCCAAACUCAAAGGUGACAUGGAUGUUUCAAGUUCAAACAUCAAAGGAGAUAUCAAAUCACCUGAAAUAGACAUCAAAGGUCCAGAAGCAGAUAUUGAAGGACCAAAGGGAGGAUUUGAAAUGCCUAAGAUAAAAAUGCCUUCAAUAAAUUUGAAAGGUCCAAAGGUUGAUAUGCCGGAUGUUGACAUUAAUCUGAAAGGUCCUAAGGCUGAAGGGGAAGUGGAUGUUAAAACGCCCAAGAUUAAAGGAGAUCUGAAAGGUCCCGAGGUGGACAUUGAAGGCCCAGAUUUUGACAUUGAGGGUCACAAGGGUGGACUAAAAAUGCCUAAAUUCAAGAUGCCCUCAUUUGGUUCAAAGGGUGCCAAACUAGAAGGUCCAGAUGUUGACAUCAACCUCCCUAAGGCAGAUAUUGAUGUGAAAGCACCAGAUGUUGAUAUUGAAGGAGCAGACCUUGACAUUAAGGGACCAAAUGCCAAACUGAAAGGUCCCAAAUUUAACAUGCCAAGCAUAUCUGGACCAAAAAUAUCCAUGCCAGAUGUGGAUUUCAACUUGAAAGGCCCCAAACUCAAAGGUGACAUGGAUGUUUCAGGUCCAAAGAUCAAAGGAGAUAUCAAAUCACCUGAAAUAGACAUCAAAGGUCCCGAGGUGGAAAUUGAAGGCCCAGACGUUGACAUUGAGGGUCGUAAGGGUGGACUGAAAAUGCCUAAAUUCAAGAUGCCCUCAUUUGGCUCAAAGGGUCCAAAACUAGAAGGUCCAGAUGUUGACAUCAACAUCCCUAAGGCAGAUAUUGAUGUGAAAGCACCAGAUGUUGAUAUCGAAGGAGCAGACUUUGACAUUAAGGGACCAAAUGCCAAAUUGACAGGUCCCAAAUUCAACAUGCCAAGCAUAUCUGGGCCAAAAAUAUCCAUGCCAGAUGUGGAUUUCAACUUGAAAGGCCCAAAACUCAAAGGUGACAUGGAUGUUUCAGGUCCUAAGGUUGAAGGGGAUGUGGAUGUUAAAAUGCCAAAGAUUAAAGGAGAUCUGAAAGGUCCCAAGGUGGACAUUGAAGGCCCAGACGUUGACAUUGAGGGUAGUAAGGGUGGACUGAAAAUGCCUAAAUUCAAGAUGCCCUCAUUUGGUUCAAAGGGUGCCAAACUAGAAGGUCCAGAUGUUGACAUCAACCUCCCUAAGGCAGAUAUUGAUGUGAAAGCACCAGAUGUUGAUAUUGAAGGAGCAGACCUUGACAUUAAGGGACCAAAUGCCAAACUGAAAGGUCCCAAAUUCAACAUGCCAAGCAUGUCUGGACCAAAAAUAUCCAUGCCAGAUGUGGAUUUCAACUUGAAAGGCCCCAAACUCAAAGGUGACAUGGAUGUUUCAGGUCCAAAGAUCAAAGGAGAUAUCAAAUCACCUCAAAUAGACAUCAAAGGUCCAGAAGUUGAUAUUGAAGGACCAAAGGGAGGAUUUGAAAUGCCUAAAAUAAAAAUGCCAUCACUAAAUUUGAAAGGUCCAAAAGUUGAUGUUCCAGAUGUUGACAUUAAUCUGAAAGGUCCUAAGGUUGAAGGGGAUGUGGAUGUUAAAAUGCCAAAGAUUAAAGGAGAUCUGAAAGGUCCCAAGGUGGACAUUGAAGGCCCAGACGUUGACAUUGAGGGUAGUAAGGGUGGACUGAAAAUGCCUAAAUUCAAGAUGCCCUCAUUUGGUUCAAAGGGUGCCAAACUAGAAGGUCCAGAUGUUGACAUCAACCUCCCUAAGGCAGAUAUUGAUGUGAAAGCACCAGAUGUUGAUAUUGAAGGAGCAGACAUUGACAUUAAGGGACCAAAUGCCAAACUGAAAGGUCCCAAAUUCAACAUGCCAAGCAUGUCUGGACCAAAAAUAUCCAUGCCAGAUGUGGAUUUCAACUUGAAAGGCCCCAAACUCAAAGGUGACAUGGAUGUUUCAGGUCCAAAGAUCAAAGGAGAUAUCAAAUCACCUCAAAUAGACAUCAAAGGUCCAGAAGUUGAUAUUGAAGGACCAAAGGGAGGAUUUGAAAUGCCUAAAAUAAAAAUGCCAUCGCUAAAUUUGAAAGGUCCAAAAGUUGAUAUGCCAGAUGUUGACAUUAAUCUGAAAGGUCCUAAGGUUGAAGGGGACGUGGAUGUUAAUCUGCCAAAGAUUAAGGGAGAUCUGAAAGGUCCAGAGGUGGACAUUGAAGGCCCAGAUUUUGACAUGGAGGGUAACAAAGGUGGUUUCAAAAUGCCUAAAUUCAAGAUGCCGUCAUUUGGUAUGAAAGGUCCCAAAGGGGAAGGUCCAGAUGUUGACAUCAACAUCCCCAAGGCAGAUAUUGAUGUGAAAGCACCAGAUGUUGAUAUUGAAGGAGCAGACCUCGACAUUAAGGGACCAAAUGCCAAACUGAAAGGUCCCAAAUUCAACAUGCCAAGCAUAUCUGGACCAAAAAUAUCCAUGCCAGAUGUGGAUUUCAACUUGAAAGGCCCCAAACUCAAAGGUGACAUGGAUGUUUCAGGUCCAAACAUCAAAGGAGAUAUCAAAUCACCUCAAAUAGACAUCAAAGGUCCAGAAGUUGAUAUUGAAGGACCAAAGGGAGGAUUUGAAAUGCCUAAAAUAAAAAUGCCAUCACUAAAUUUGAAAGGUCCAAAAGUUGACAUGCCAGAUGUUGACAUAAAUCUAAAAGGUCCUAAGGUUGAAGGGGAUCUGGAUGUUAAUCUGCCAAAGAUUAAAGGAGAUCUGAAAGGUCCAGAGGUGGAUAUUGAAGGCCCAGAUUUUGACAUUGAGGGUCACAAAGGUGGUUUCAAAAUGCCUAAAUUCAAGAUGCCGUCAUUUGGUACGAAAGGUCCCAAAGCGGAAGGUCCAGAUGUUGACAUCAACCUCCCCAAGCCAGAUAUUGAUGUGAAAGCACCAGAUGUUGUUAUCGAAGGAGCAGACCUUGACAUUAAGGGCCCAAAUGCCAAACUGAAAGGUCCCAAAUUCAACAUGCCAAGCAUAUCUGGACCAAAAAUAUCCAUGCCAGAUGUGGAUUUCAAUUUGAAAGGCCCAAAACUCAAAGGUGACAUGGAUGUUUCAGGUCCAAAGAUCAAAGGAGAUAUCAAAUCACCUCAAAUAGACAUCAAAGGUCCAGAAGUUGAUAUUGAAGGACCAAAGGGAGGAUUUGAAAUGCCUAAAAUAAAAAUGCCUUCACUAAAUUUGAAAGGUCCAAAAGUUGACAUGCCAGAUGUUGACAUAAAUCUGAAAGGUCCUAAGGUUGAAGGAGACGUGGAUGUUAAUCUGCCAAAGAUUAAAGGAGAUCUGAAAGGUCCAGAGGUGGAUAUUGAAGGCCCAGAUUUUGACAUUGAGGGUCACAAAGGUGGUUUCAAAAUGCCUAAAUUCAAGAUGCCGUCAUUUGGUACGAAAGGUCCCAAAGCGGAAGGUCCAGAUGUUGACAUCAACCUCCCCAAGGCAGAUAUUGAUGUAAAAGCACCAGAUGUUGAUAUUGAAGGAGCAGACCUUGAUAUUAAGGGACCAAAUGCCAAACUGAAAGGUCCCAAAUUCAACAUGCCAAGCAUAUCUGGACCGAAAAUAUCCAUGCCAGAUGUGGAUUUCAAUUUGAAAGGCCCCAAACUCAAAGGUGACAUGGAUGUUUCAGGUCCAAAGAUCAAAGGAGAUAUCAAAUCACCUCAAAUAGACAUCAAAGGUCCAGAAGUUGAUAUUGAAGGACCAAAGGGAGGAUUUGAAAUGCCUAAAAUAAAAAUGCCUUCACUAAAUUUGAAAGGUCCAAAAGUUGACAUGCCAGAUGUUGACAUAAAUCUGAAAGGUCCUAAGGUUGAAGGGGACGUGGAUGUUAAUCUGCCAAAGAUUAAAGGAGAUCUGAAAGGUCCAGAGGUGGAUAUUGAAGGCCCAGAUUUUGACAUGGAGGGUCACAAAGGUGGUUUCAAAAUGCCUAAAUUCAAGAUGCCAUCAUUUGGUACGAAAGGUCCCAAAGCGGAAGGUCCAGAUGUUGACAUCAACCUCCCCAAGGCAGAUAUUGAUGUAAAAGCACCAGAUGUUGAUAUUGAAGGAGCAGACCUUGAUAUUAAGGGACCAAAUGCCAAACUGAAAGGUCCCAAAUUCAACAUGCCAAGCAUAUCUGGACCGAAAAUAUCCAUGCCAGAUGUGGAUUUCAACUUGAAAGGCCCCAAACUCAAAGGUGACAUGGAUGUUUCAGGUCCAAAGAUCAAAGGAGAUAUCAAAUCACCUCAAAUAGACAUCAAAGGUCCAGAAGUUGAUAUUGAAGGACCAAAGGGAGGAUUUGAAAUGCCUAAAAUAAAAAUGCCUUCAAUAAAUUUGAAAGGUCCAAAAGUUGAUAUUCCAGAUGUUGACAUUAAUCUGAAAGGUCCUAAGGUUGAAGGGGAUCUUGAUGUUAAAAUGCCAAAGAUUAAAGGAGAUCUCAAAGGUCCCGAGGUGGACAUUGAAGGCCCAGAUUUUGACAUUGAGGGUCACAAAGGUGGAUUGAAAAUGCCUAAAUUCAAGAUGCCCUCAUUUGGCUUAAAAGGUCCCAAAGGUGAAUGUCCAGAUGUUGACAUCAACCUCCCCAAGGCAGAUAUUGAUGUGAAAGCACCAGAUGUUGAUAUCGAAGGAGCAGACCUUGACAUUAAGGGCCCAAAUGCCAAACUGAAAGGUCCCAAAUUCAACAUGCCAAGCAUAUCUGGACCAAAAAUAUCCAUGCCAGAUGUGGAUUUCAAUUUGAAAGGCCCCAAACUCAAAGGUGACAUGGAUGUUUCAGGUCCAAAGAUCAAAGGAGAUAUCAAAUCACCUCAAAUAGACAUCAAAGGUCCAGAAGUUGAUAUUGAAGGACCAAAGGGAGGAUUUGAAAUGCCUAAAAUAAAAAUGCCUUCACUAAAUUUGAAAGGUCCAAAAGUUGACAUGCCAGAUGUUGACAUAAAUCUGAAAGGUCCUAAGGUUGAAGGGGACGUGGAUGUUAAUCUGCCAAAGAUUAAAGGAGAUCUGAAAGGUCCAGAGGUGGAUAUUGAAGGCCCAGAUUUUGACAUUGAGGGUCACAAAGGUGGUUUCAAAAUGCCUAAAUUCAAGAUGCCGUCAUUUGGUACGAAAGGUCCCAAAGCGGAAGGUCCAGAUGUUGACAUCAACCUCCCCAAGGCAGAUAUUGAUGUAAAAGCACCCGAGGUUGAUAUUGAAGGAGCAGACCUUGAUAUUAAGGGACCAAAUGCCAAACUGAAAGGUCCCAAAUUCAACAUGCCAAGCAUAUCUGGACCGAAAAUAUCCAUGCCAGAUGUGGAUUUCAAUUUGAAAGGACCAAAACUCAAAGGUGACAUGGAUGUUUCAGGUCCAAAGAUCAAAGGCGAUAUCAAAUCACCUGAAAUAGACAUCAAAGGUCCAGAAGUUGAUAUGGAAGGACCAAAGGGAGGAUUUGAAAUGCCAAAAAUAAAAAUGCCUUCACUAAAUUUGAAAGGUCCAAAAGUUGAUAUUCCAGAUGUUGACAUUAAUCUGAAAGGUCCUAAGGUUGAAGGGGAUCUUGAUGUUAAAAUGCCAAAGAUUAAAGGAGAACUCAAAGGUCCCGAGGUGGACAUUGAAGGCCCAGAUUUUGACAUUGAGGGUCACAAAGGUGGAUUGAAAAUGCCUAAAUUCAAGAUGCCCUCAUUUGGCUUAAAAGGUCCCAAAGUGGAAGGUCCAGAUGUUGACAUCAACCUCCCCAAGGCAGAUAUUGAUGUGAAAGCACCAGAUGUUGAUAUCGAAGGAGCAGACCUUGACAUUAAGGGCCCAAAUGCCAAACUGAAAGGUCCCAAAUUCAACAUGCCAAGCAUAUCUGGACCAAAAAUAUCCAUGCCAGAUGUGGAUUUCAAUUUGAAAGGCCCCAAACUCAAAGGUGACAUGGAUGUUUCAGGUCCAAAGAUCAAAGGAGAUAUCAAAUCACCUCAAAUAGACAUCAAAGGUCCAGAAGUUGAUAUUGAAGGACCAAAGGGAGGAUUUGAAAUGCCUAAAAUAAAAAUGCCUUCACUAAAUUUGAAAGGUCCAAAAGUUGACAUGCCAGAUGUUGACAUAAAUCUGAAAGGGCCUAAGGUUGAAGGGGACGUGGAUGUUAAUCUGCCAAAGAUUAAAGGAGAUCUGAAAGGUCCAGAGGUGGAUAUUGAAGGCCCAGAUUUUGACAUUGAGGGUCACAAAGGUGGUUUCAAAAUGCCUAAAUUCAAGAUGCCGUCAUUUGGUACGAAAGGUCCCAAAGCGGAAGGUCCAGAUGUUGACAUCAACCUCCCCAAGGCAGAUAUUGAUGUAAAAGCACCAGAUGUUGAUAUUGAAGGAGCAGACCUUGAUAUUAAGGGACCAAAUGCCAAACUGAAAGGUCCCAAAUUCAACAUGCCAAGCAUAUCUGGACCGAAAAUAUCCAUGCCAGAUGUGGAUUUCAAUUUGAAAGGACCAAAACUCAAAGGUGACAUGGAUGUUUCAGGUCCAAAGAUCAAAGGAGAUAUCAAAUCACCUGAAAUAGACAUCAAAGGUCCAGAAGUUGAUAUGGAAGGACCAAAGGGAGGAUUUGAAAUGCCUAAAAUAAAAAUGCCUUCACUAAAUUUGAAAGGUCCAAAAGUUGAUAUUCCAGAUGUUGACAUUAAUCUGAAAGGUCCUAAGGUUGAAGGGGAUCUUGAUGUUAAAAUGCCAAAGAUUAAAGGAGAUCUCAAAGGUCCCGAGGUGGACAUUGAAGGCCCAGAUUUUGACAUUGAGGGUCCCAAGGGUGGACUGAAAAUGCCUAAAUUCAAGAUGCCCUCAUUUGGCUCAAAGAGUGCCAAACUAGAAGGUCCAGAUGUUGACAUCAACCUCCCUAAGGCAGAUAUUGAUGUGAAAGCACCAGAUAUUGAUAUUGAAGGAGCAGACCUUGACAUUAAGGGACCAAAUGCCAAACUGAAAGGUCCCAAAUUCAACAUGCCAAGCAUAUCUGGACCAAAGAUAUCCAUGCCAGAUGUGGAUUUCAACUUGAAAGGCCCAAAACUCAAAGGUGACAUGGAUGUUUCAGGUCCAAAGAUCAAAGGAGAUAUCAAAUCACCUGACAUAGACAUCAAAGGUCCAGAAGUUGAUAUUGAAGGACCAAAGGGAGGAUUUGAAAUGCCUAAAAUAAAAAUGCCUUCACUAAAUUUGAAAGGUCCAAAGGCUGAUGUUCCAGAUGUUGACAUUAAUCUGAAAGGUCCUAAGGCUGAAGGGGAUCUGGAUGUUAAUCUGCCAAAGAUUAAAGGAGAUCUAAAAGGUCCCGAGGUGGAAAUUGAAGGCCCAGACGUUGACAUUGAGGUGCACAAAAGUGGGUUCAAGAUGCCUAAAUUCAAGAUGCCAUCAUUUGGUUUUAAAGGAUCUAAAGCAGAUGCUGCUGAUGUUGAUGUCAAUAUCCCUAAAUCAAAUAUUGACAUAAAAGCUGCAGAUUUAAACAUAAAAGGAAAAGAUGUUGCGGUUGAGGGAUCAAACAUAAAAGUCAAAGGAAAGAAAUUCAGAAUGCCAAAGAUUACAAGUCCAAAGGUUUCUGUGCCAGAUAUUGAUAUGAAAACACCUGAGGUUAAUAUAGAAAAAGCAGACGUUGACAUCAAGGGACCAAAUGCCAAACUGAAAGGUCCCAAAUUCAACAUGCCAAGCAUAUCUGGACCAAAAAUAUCCAUGCCAGAUGUGGAUUUCAACUUGAAAGGCCCAAAACUCAAGGGUGACAUGGAUGUUUCAGGUCCAAAGAUCAAAGGAGAUAUCAAAUCACCUGAAAUAGACAUCAAAGGUCCAGAAGUUGAUAUUGAAGGACCAAAGGGAGGAUUUGAAAUGCCUAAAAUAAAAAUGCCUUCACUAAAUUUGAAAGGUCCAAAAGUUGAUAUGCCAGAUGUUGACAUUAAUCUGAAAGGUCCUAAGGUUGAAGGGGACGUGGAUGUUAAUCUGCCAAAGAUUAAAGGAGAUCUAAAUGUUCCAGAGGUGGACAUUGAAGGCCCAGACAUUGACAUUGAGGGUCCCAAAGGAGGACUGAAAAUGCCUAAAUUCAAGAUGCCCUCAUUUGGUAUUAAAGUCCCCAAAUUAGAAGGUCCAGAUGUUGACAUCAACCUCCCUAAGGCAGAUAUUGAUGUGAAAGCACCAGAUGUUGAUAUUGAAGGAGCAGAUCUUGACAUUAAGGGACCAAAUGCCAAACUGAAAGGUCCCAAAUUCAACAUGCCAAGCAUAUCUGGGCCAAAAAUCUCCAUGCCAGAUGUGGAUUUCAAUCUGAAAGGCCCCAAACUCAAAGGUGACAUGGAUGUUUCAGGUCCAAAGAUCAAAGGAGAUAUCAAUUCACCUCAAAUAGACGUCAAAGGUCCAGAAGUUGAUAUUGAAGGACCAAAGGGAGGAUUUGAAAUGCCUAAAAUAAAAAUGCCAUCACUAAAUUUGAAAGGUCCAAAAGUUGAUAUGCCAGAUGUUGACAUUAAUCUGAAAGGUCCUAAGGUUGAAGGGGACGUGGAUGUUAAUCUGCCAAAGAUUAAAGGAGAUCUAAAAGGUCCAGAGGUGAAUAUUGAAGGCCCAGAUUUUGACAUUGAGGGUCACAAAGGUGGGUUAAAAAUGCCUAAAUUCAAGAUGCCGUCAUUUGGUAUGAAAGGUCCCAAAGGAGAAGGUCCAGAUGUUGACAUCAACAUCCCCAAGGCAGAUAUUGAUGUGAAAGCACCAGAUGUUGAUAUUGAAGGAGCAGACCUUGACAUUAAGGGACCAAAUGCCAAACUGAAAGGUCCCAAAUUCAACAUGCCAAGCAUAUCUGGACCAAAAAUAUCCAUGCCAGAUGUGGAUUUCAACUUGAAAGGCCCCAAACUCAAAGGUGACAUGGAUGUUUCAGGUCCAAAGAUCAAAGGAGAUAUCAAAUCACCUCAAAUAGACAUCAAAGGUCCAGAAGUUGAUAUUGAAGGACCAAAGGGAGGAUUUGAAAUGCCUAAAAUAAAAAUGCCAUCACUAAAUUUGAAAGGUCCAAAAGUUGAUAUGCCAGAUGUUGACAUUAAUCUGAAAGGUCCUAAGAUUGAAGGGGAUGUGGAUGUUAAUCUUCCAAAGCUUAAAGGAGAGCUGAAAGGUCCAGAGGUGAAUAUUGAAGGCCCAGAUUUUGACAUGGAGGGUCACAAAGGUGGGUUAAAGAUGCCUAAAUUCAAGAUGCCAUCAUUUGGUAUGAAAGGUCCCAAAAUCGAAGGUCCAGAUGUUGACAUCAACAUCCCCAAGGCAGAUAUUGAUGUGAAAGCACCAGAGGUUGAUAUUGAAGGAGCAGACCUUGACAUUAAGGGACCAAAUGCCAAACUGAAAGGUCCCAAAUUCAACAUGCCAAGCAUAUCUGGACCAAAAAUAUCCAUGCCAGAUGUGGAUUUCAACUUGAAAGGCCCCAAACUCAAAGGUGACAUGGAUGUUUCAGGUCCAAAGAUCAAAGGAGAUAUCAAAUCACCUCAAAUAGACAUCAAAGGUCCAGAAGUUGAUAUUGAAGGACCAAAGGGAGGAUUUGAAAUGCCUAAAAUAAAAAUGCCUUCAAUGAAUUUGAAAGGUCCAAAAGUUGAUAUUCCAGAUGUUGACAUUAAUCUGAAAGGUCCUAAGGUUGAAGGAGACGUGGAUGUUAAUCUGCCAAAGAUUAAAGGAGAUCUAAAAGGUCCAGAGGUGGACAUUGAAGGCCCAGAUUUUGACAUUGAGGGUCACAAAGGUGGUUUCAAAAUGCCUAAAUUCAAGAUGCCAUCAUUUGGUAUGAAAGGUCCCAAAGGGGAAGGUCCAGAUGUUGACAUCAACAUCCCCAAGGCAGAUAUUGAUGUGAAAGCACCAGAUGUUGAUAUUGAAGGAGCAGACCUUGACAUUAAGGGACCAAAUGCCAAACUGAAAGGUCCCAAAUUCAACAUGCCAAGCAUAUCUGGACCAAAAAUAUCCAUGCCAGAUGUGGAUUUCAACUUGAAAGGCCCCAAACUCAAAGGUGACAUGGAUGUUUCAGGUCCAAAGAUCAAAGGAGAUAUCAAAUCACCUGAAAUAGACAUCAAAGGUCCAGAAGUUGAUAUUGAAGGACCAAAGGGAGGAUUUGAAAUGCCUAAAAUAAAAAUGCCAUCACUAAAUUUGAAAGGUCCAAAAGUUGAUAUGCCAGAUGUUGACAUUAAUCUGAAAGGUCCUAAGGUUGAAGGGGACGUGGAUGUUAAUCUGCCAAAGAUUAAAGGAGAUCUAAAAGGUCCAGAGGUGGACAUUGAAGGCCCAGAUUUUGACAUUGAGGGUCACAAAGGUGGUUUCAAAAUGCCUAAAUUCAAGAUGCCAUCAUUUGGUAUGAAAGGUCCCAAAGGGGAAGGUCCAGAUGUUGACAUCAACAUCCCCAAGGCAGAUAUUGAUGUGAAAGCACCCGAGGUUGAUAUUGAAGGAGCAGACCUUGACUUUAAGGGACCAAAUGCCAAACUGAAAGGUCCCAAAUUCAACAUGCCAAGCAUAUCUGGACCAAAAAUAUCCAUGCCAGAUGUGGAUUUCAACUUGAAAAGCCCCAAACUCAAAGGUGACAUGGAUGUUUCAGGUCCAAAGAUCAAAGGAGAUAUCAAAUCACCUCAAAUAGACAUCAAAGGUCCAGAAGUUGAUAUUGAAGGACCAAAGGGAGGAUUUGAAAUGCCUAAAAUAAAAAUGCCUUCACUAAAUUUGAAAGGUCCAAAAGUUGAUAUUCCAGAUGUUGACAUUAAUCUCAAAGGUCCUAAGGUUGAAGGGGACGUGGAUGUUAACCUGCCAAAGAUUAAAGGAGAUCUAAAAGGUCCAGAGGUGGAUAUUGAAGGCCCAGAUUUUGACAUGGAGGGUCACAAAGGUGGUUUCAAAAUGCCCAAAUUCAAGAUGCCGUCAUUUGGUAUGAAAGGUCCCAAACUGGAAGGUCCAGAUGUUGACAUCAACAUCCCCAAGGCAGAUAUUGAUGUGAAAGCACCAGAGGUUGAUAUUGAAGGAGCAGACCUUGACAUUAAGGGACCAAAUGCCAAACUGAAAGGUCCCAAAUUCAACAUGCCAAGCAUAUCUGGACCAAAAAUAUCCAUGCCAGAUGUGGAUUUCAACUUGAAAAGCCCCAAACUCAAAGGUGACAUGGAUGUUUCAGGUCCAAAGAUCAAAGGAGAUAUCAAAUCACCUCAAAUAGACAUCAAAGGUCCAGAAGUUGAUAUUGAAGGACCAAAAGGAGGAUUUGAAAUGCCUAAAAUAAAAAUGCCUUCACUAAAUUUGAAAGGUCCAAAAGUUGAUAUGCCAGAUGUUGACAUUAAUCUGAAAGGUCCUAAGGUUGAAGGGGACUUGGAUGUUAACCUGCCAAAGAUUAAAGGAGAUCUAAAAGGUCCAGAGGUGGAUAUUGAAGGCCCAGAUUUUGACAUUGAGGGUCACAAAGGUGGUUUCAAAAUGCCCAAAUUCAAGAUGCCGUCAUUUGGUAUGAAAGGUCCCAAAGUCGAAGGUCCAGAUGUUGACAUCAACAUCCCCAAGGCAGAUAUUGAUGUGAAAGCACCAGAUGUUGAUAUUGAAGGAGCAGACCUUGACAUCAAGGGACCAAAUGCCAAACUGAAAGGUCCCAAAUUCAACAUGCCAAGCAUAUCUGGACCAAAAAUAUCCAUGCCAGAUGUGGAUUUCAACUUGAAAAGCCCCAAACUCAAAGGUGACAUGGAUGUUUCAGGUCCAAAGAUCAAAGGAGAUAUCAAAUCACCUCAAAUAGACAUCAAAGGUCCAGAAGUUGAUAUUGAAGGACCAAAGGGAGGAUUUGAAAUGCCUAAAAUAAAAAUGCCAUCACUAAAUUUGAAAGGUCCAAAAGUUGAUAUGCCAGAUGUUGACAUUAAUCUGAAAGGUCCUAAGGUUGAAGGGGACGUGGAUGUUAAUCUGCCAAAGAUUAAAGGAGAUGUAAAAGGUCCAGAGGUGGACAUUGAAGGCCCAGAUUUUGACAUUGAGGGUCACAAAGGUGGUUUCAAAAUGCCUAAAUUCAAGAUGCCGUCAUUUGGAAUGAAAGGUCCCAAAGGGGAAGAUCCAGAUGUUGACAUCAACAUCCCCAAGGCAGACAUUGAUGUGAAAGCACCAGAUGUUGAUAUUGAAGGAGCAGACCUUGACAUUAAGGGACCAAAUGCCAAACUGAAAGGUCCCAAAUUCAACAUGCCAAGCAUAUCUGGACCAAAAAUAUCCAUGCCAGAUGUGGAUUUCAACUUGAAAGGCCCAAAACUCAAAGGUGACAUGGAUGUUUCAGGUCCAAAGAUCAAAGGAGAUAUCAAAUCACCUGAAAUAGACAUCAAAGGUCCAGAAGUUGAUAUUGAAGGACCAAAGGGAGGAUUUGAAAUGCCUAAAAUAAAAAUGCCAUCACUAAAUUUGAAAGGUUCAAAAGUUGAUAUGCCAGAUGUUGACAUUAAUCUGAAAGGUCCUAAGGUUGAAGGGGACGUGGAUGUUAAGUUGCCAAAGAUUAAAGGAGAUCUAAAAGGUCCAGAAGUGGAUAUUGAAGGCCCAGAUUUUGACAUUGAGGGUCACAAAGGUGGUUUCAAAAUGCCCAAAUUCAAGAUGCCGUCAUUUGGUAUGAAAGGUCCAAAAGGGGAAGGUCCAGAUGUUGACAUCAAAAUCCCCAAGGCAGAUAUUGAUGUGAAAGCACCAGAGGUUGAUAUUGAAGGAGCAGACCUUGACAUUAAGGGACCAAAUGCCAAACUGAAAGGUCCCAAAUUCAACAUGCCAAGCAUAUCUGGACCAAAAAUAUCUAUGCCAGAUAUGGAUUUCAACUUGAAAGGCCCCAAACUCAAAGGUGACAUGGAUGUUUCAGGUCCAAAGAUCAAAGGAGAUAUCAAAUCACCUCAAAUAGACAUCAAAGGUCCAGAAGUUGAUAUUGAAGGACCAAAGGGAGGAUUUGAAAUGCCUAAAAUAAAAAUGCCUUCACUAAAUUUGAAAGGUCCAAAGGUUGAUAUUCCAGAUGUUGACAUUAAUCUGAAAGGUCCUAAGGUUGAAGGUGAUCUGGAUGUUAAAAUGCCAAAGAUUAAAGGAGAUCUCAAAGGUCCCGAGGUGGACAUUGAAGGCCCAGAUUUUGACAUGGAGGGUCCCAAAGGUGGAUUGAAAAUGCCUAAAUUCAAGAUGCCGUCAUUUGGCUUAAAAGGUCCCAAAGGGGAAGGUCCAGAUGUUGACAUCAACCUCCCCAAGGCAGAUAUUGAUGUGAAAGCACCAGAUGUUGAUAUCGAAGGAGCAGACCUUGACAUUAAGGGGCCACAUGCCAAACUGAAAGGUCCCAAAUUCAACAUGCCAAGCAUAUCUGGACCGAAAAUAUCCAUGCCAGAUGUGGAUUUCAAUUUGAAAGGCCCCAAACUCAAAGGUGACAUGGAUGUUUCAGGUCCAAAGAUCAAAGGAGAUAUCAAAUCACCUCAAAUAGACAUCAAAGGUCCAGAAGUUGAUAUUGAAGGACCAAAGGGAGGAUUUGAAAUGCCUAAAAUAAAAAUGCCUUCACUAAAUUUGAAAGGUCCAAAGGUUGAUAUUCCAGAUGUUGACAUUAAUCUGAAAGGUCCUAAGGUUGAAGGUGAUCUGGAUGUUAAAAUGCCAAAGAUUAAAGGAGAUCUCAAAGGUCCCGAGGUGGACAUUGAAGGCCCAGAUUUUGACAUGGAGGGUCCCAAAGGUGGAUUGAAAAUGCCUAAAUUCAAGAUGCCGUCAUUUGGCUUAAAAGGUCCCAAAGGGGAAGGUCCAGAUGUUGACAUCAACCUCCCCAAGGCAGAUAUUGAUGUGAAAGCACCAGAUGUUGAUAUCGAAGGAGCAGACCUUGACAUUAAGGGGCCACAUGCCAAACUGAAAGGUCCCAAAUUCAACAUGCCAAGCAUAUCUGGACCGAAAAUAUCCAUGCCAGAUGUGGAUUUCAAUUUGAAAGGCCCCAAACUCAAAGGUGACAUGGAUGUUUCAGGUCCAAAGAUCAAAGGAGAUAUCAAAUCACCUGAAAUAGACAUCAAAGGUCCAGAAGUUGAUAUUGAAGGACCAAAGGGAGGAUUUGAAAUGCCUAAAAUAAAAAUGCCAUCACUAAAUUUGAAAGGUCCAAAAGUUGACAUGCCAGAUGUUGACAUAAAUCUGAAAGGUCCUAAGGUUGAAGGGGAUGUGGAUGUUAAUCUGCCAAAGAUUAAAGGAGAUUUGAAAGGUCCAGAGGUGGAUAUUGAAGGCCCAGAUUUUGACAUUGAGGGUCACAAAGGUGGUUUCAAAAUGCCUAAAUUCAAGAUGCCGUCAUUUGGUAUGAAAGGUCCCAAAGGGGAAGGUCCAGAUGUUGACAUCAACCUCCCCAAGGCAGAUAUUGAUGUGAAAGGACCAGAUGUUGAUAUCGAAGGAGCAGACCUUGACAUUAAGGGACCAAAUGCCAAACUGAAAGGUCCCAAAUUCAACAUGCCAAGCAUAUCUGGACCGAAAAUAUCCAUGCCAGAUGUGGAUUUCAAUUUGAAAGGCCCCAAACUCAAAGGUGACAUGGAUGUUUCAGGUCCAAAGAUCAAAGGAGAUAUCAAAUCACCUGAAUUAGACAUCAAAGGUCCAGAAGUUGAUAUUGAAGGACCAAAAGGAGGAUUUGAAAUGCCUAAAAUAAAAAUGCCUUCACUAAAUUUGAAAGGUCCAAAUGUUAAUGUUCCAGAUGUUGACAUUAAUCUGAAAGGCCCUAAGGUUGAACGGGAUCUGGAUGUUAAAAUGCCAAAGAUUAAAGGAGAUCUCAAGGGUCCCGAGGUGGACAUUGAAGGCCCAGAUUUUGACAUUGAGGGUCACAAAGUGGACUUGAAAAUGCCCAAAUUCAAGAUGCCCUCAUUUGGUUUAAAAGGCCCCACACUAGAAGGUCCAGAUGUUGACAUCAACCUCCCCAAGGCAGAUAUUGAUGUGAAAGCACCAGAUGUUGAUGUCGAAGGAGCAGAUCUUGACAUUAAGGGACCAAAUGCCAAACUGAAAGGUCCCAAAUUCAACAUGCCAAGCAUAUCUGGGCCAAAAAUAUCCAUGCCAGAUGUGGAUUUCAACUUGAAAGGCCCAAAACUCAAAGGUGACAUGGAUGUUUCAGGUCCAAAGAUUAAAGGAGAUAUCAAGUCACCUGAAAUUGACAUCAAAGGUGCAAAAGUUAAAACCAAUGUUCCAAGUCUUGAUAUUGAUCUAAAGCAUAGUAGCGAACCACCAAAGUUUCCAACGAUACCUGGUUCCAAACCCGCACUACCAAAUGUUGACAUAAAUCUGAAGGGAUCGAAAUUAAAGGGGGAAUUUAAAGGAGAGGGUCAAUUUCCAAAAGCUGAACUGAAAGACAUUGAUGUCUUGGAAGUCACUCCGAAAAAAUCUAAGUUUAAAAUGCCAAAGGUUGGAUUCAAGAGUCCAAAGAUAAAGACCUCAGAACCUGAUAUUAAACUGGAGCAUGGAGAUGUCAACAUUAAAGGAAAGACUGGGAGCCGAGAGGGACUUGAUGUUGACAUUGGUUUGUCUGGUUCAAAAUCUAAAAGUCCCAAAUUUAAGAUCCCAAAAUUUGGCCUCAAGGGCCCAAAAGUUGACAUGCCAGAAGCUGAUCCUUCAAAAUCUGCAAUUGACAUAAAAACCUCAGAUGUCACGUCAGCAGGUGCAGGAUUUGAUGUCGAUAUUCACAGUGGAAAACUUAAGGGAUCAAAAGAUGUGGAUUUAAAUCUGACAGGUCCAAAACUUAAAGGGGAUUUGAAUGUGUCAGUUCCAGAUGUAGAUCUAAACCUGAAAGAAGCCAAUAUAAAAGGUCCAAAGUUUGAAGUUGAGGGACUGAAGGGUGGAUUAGAAAUGCCCAAGAUCAAGAUACCAUCUUUUGGCAUCAAACUACCUCAGCUGGAAAAUUCAAAUGAUACUAUAACCAUUCCAAAUGUUAAUGCUGAUACAGUAACCCCCAAAGUUGACAUUGGUGGAGUUGAUGUUAAAGGCCCCGAGGCAAGUCCCAAUGUUAAACUUCCAUCAGUAUCAGGACCCACCUUGCCAGACUUAAACAUUAAUCUUACAGGGCCAAAAACAAAAGGAAAUGUUAAUGUUACUCUCCCUGAUACUAAUAUUGAUAUCAAAGUACCAAAGACAGAAAUCAAAGGAGCAGGAAAAAUAACACCACCUGAAGUUGAUAUCAAAGGUCCACAUGUUGAUCUUGGGGGUGGCAAAGAUGGGUUUGAAAUCCCUAAAAUAAAAAUGACAUCACUAGACUUUAAAGGCCCCAAAACAGGGAGUCAAGGUGUUGACAUCAACCUUUCCAAAGCCAAAAUAGAUGUUGAUUCCUCUAAAGUAGACUUUAAAGCACCCAAAAUAAAACUGCCAACUGUAUCAGGCCCCGAAUGGGAUAUUAAUCUGAAAGGUUCAAAUGUUGAAGGAAAAGAAAUUAAUGUUAACCUUCCUAAAACAGACAUUGAAAUUAAAGGACCAAAAUUAUCCAUGUCAGAUGUGGACAUGAAUCUUAAAGCUCCUGAUGUUGACAUCAAGGAUCCCAAGGUUCAUACUGGAGGGCCCAAGGUUGGUUUUAAAAUGUCCAAAGUCACACUCCCAUCAGAAUCAGAAGUUGAUGUAAAUUUUGCAAAAGCUGACUUUAACAUUAAAGCACCUGAAGUAAACAUAAAAGGACCAGAAUUUGAUUCCACUGAAGCAAGUCUUGAUGUCCCUGACAUAGAUGUGAAGGGGAAAAAGGGAAAGUUCAAACUUCCAAAAGUGAAAGGAAAAGCAAGGAAGCAAGAAGCUGAUAUUAAAACACCAGAAGUAGACCAGGGUAUUGACACACCGAAUAUUCAUGUGAAAGGGACAAACACUAAGAAGCCUCUUUUUGGUAAACUUCAUUUCCCUGAUGUAGAACUAGAUAUUAAAUCUCCAAAACUAAAAGGUGAUGGAUCUUUAGCUGAAGGAUUUAAAUCACCCGAUGCAAAUGUAUCAUCUGACAGUGCAAAGAUUUGUUUGGAAGGCCCUGAUGUUAAUGUCAAAGGAGGUCCAGAGAUUAGUGCAAGAACUUCAGGACAAUCAGCUAGUGGCCUUCAGUAUCCAGAGGGUACAAUACUAUUUCCAAAAAUCAAAGUGCCAAAGUUUGGCAUUCUUCAGCCUAAGGUGGAGGGCCAAGAUGUUGCAGGAAAAGGAAAAUCAGAUGCAAUGAUGGGUGGAAAAUUAGACCUGGAAGGUGAAUCUGGAGUCAGUUUGUCAGCUAAGGGAAAGUCAGCCUCACUGGAUCUAUUUAAAAAAUCAAAGCACCGAUCUUCCUCUGCCAGUGAUGAAGGUUCUCUUGGAGCUAGCUCUCCUUCAGCUCUUUCAGGAGCUGAAUGUGGUGACAUUUCAAUAGAUGUAGGAGGAACUAAGGUCAAAGGCAAGAAAGGCAAAUUAAAAUUUGGCACAUUUGGAGGUUUUGGAUCUAAGUCCAAGGGCUCAUACGAAGUAACACUUGGAAACGACAAUGAAGGAGAGAUAGAGGGGAGUACAGAUGCUUCUGUACCUCUGAAAAAAUCUAGAUUGUCGUCCUCCUCAAGCAGUGACAGUGGAUCAAGAGGUGCUUUCAGGCUUCCAAAACUUGAACUAUCGGUUUCUCCAAAAAAAUAAUAGUAAGAUCAAUUAAAUCCUUCAUGCACUCAAAUACAAUCUCCUAAUGCAGUAUAAGUUUUGAACUUUAGUUCUUUUAAAUUUAAUAGAACAUGCACAAUUAUCUCUGUUUACCUAUGAAUGAUAAUUUUAAAGAAAAUGAAAUAGGAGAGAAUUAGAUUGUUAAAAAAUUCUUCAAACUGUACAUAAGAUAAAUGUAUACUUUUAUUAAUGAAUAUUGUUUUGUACAUAGUCCAGAUUUAUUAAUCUAUUGCAUCACACAAAAUUAUAGGUCAUACGUUUUGUUUCUUCUUUAAAUGAAUGAUUUUUAUUGAAUGGUUGUUACAUAUUCGUAACCAGGGGUCUACUGCAAAGAACAUACAUCACAGUUGUUUCGAAGGAAAAUGCUCUACAUACAUUUGAAACACAAUUUUAAUUAGUUUCCAUUUUAGUACGUGUACAAUUAUGUUUUUUUUUUCUAAGCUUCAAUAGUAGUCAGUGCAGAUUGUAUUUUUGCAAUGUAAUUUUGACAACCUUCUGAAGAUUCAUAUACUUGUAUAUAGCAUAAUUGCAAGGACAAUCUUUUUGGAAAUUCUUUGAAGUGCUGUGUGUACUUCUGAUUGCUGUCUCUUCAUUUAAGAAAAGUUGUAAUUGCUAAAAUUUUGUGUCACAAUAAAAAUUAAAUUGCUUUGUUUAUUUUAAACUGGUUUCUUAAUCCUGUCAUUUUUACAUUCUAACAGUUAGUAAUCCUUUAUAUUUAAUUUCAUUUUUGACACUUUUUGUUUUGUAUAGACACCUAUUCCGGUCAUGUCACAGUCACAUCUUAAUAUCAUCUGUUUUCAAACAACUUCUUUGCAGGUAGAAAGAUGUAUACCAUUGAUAUUUGAUGGAGAGCAUAAUUUUUUGGAUCCAUGCUUCUGUGUGCAUUCUGCCAACUAAAUGCAAUAAAUGGAUUUAUAGAGAUUA